AAGCCAGGACGAUCUCUCCCUUUCCUUUCCUUUCUACACCCACGUACCAAUCAUCUCUCCCUAGCUCUCGAUCGUCCGAUCGGAGCUUUCGGCCGCCAUGGUCAGCGUGGCCGCCGCUGUGCAUGAGUCCCCGGCCAACUCAUCGACGACGGCGUUGUUCCUGGAGCGGUGCGCGGCGUCGGGGGACGCGGCGUACGGCGAGCUGAGGGAGCUGCUGGCGCGGCUCAACGACCCGGCCACGAGGAAGGAGGCCAGGGUCUUCCUCGCCGCGCUCGGCCGGAUUUCCGUGGACGGCGCCGGCGGCGCCGACGAGUUCUUCCGGCGGUACGGGUUCUGCGUCCGGGAGCUGCUCCUCCACGACUCCCACUGCGGCCUCCCCAUCACCACCCUCUCUUCAGGAUUCCAGCAAAGAAAGAAGCUAACAAUGAUGGAGAUACCUAGCAUUUUCAUUCCUGAAGAUUGGUCAUUCACUUUCUACGAGGGUCUCAAUAGGCACCCGGAUUCCAUCUUCAGGGAUAAGACAGUAGCAGAGCUGGGAUGUGGCAACGGUUGGAUAUCCAUUGCACUUGCAGAAAAAUGGUGCCCUUCGAAGGUCUAUGGUCUGGAUAUCAACCCAAGAGCUAUCAAGAUUGCAUGGAUAAACCUUUACUUGAAUGCCUUUGAUGACGAUGGUCUCCCAAUUUACGACAGCGAGGGGAAAACACUACUAGAUAGAGUUGAAUUCUACGAAUCUGAUCUUCUUUCUUACUGUAGAGACAAUAAGAUAGAACUCGAUCGCAUUGUUGGAUGCAUACCACAGAUUCUCAACCCCAAUCCAGAGGCGAUGUCAAAGAUUGUAACUGAAAAUUCAAGUGAGGAGUUCCUGUACUCCUUGAGCAACUACUGUGCUCUUCAGGGUUUUGUUGAGGACCAAUUUGGCCUCGGGUUGAUUGCUCGGGCAGUUGAAGAAGGGAUUUCUGUCAUAAAGCCUAGUGGUCUAAUGGUAUUCAACAUGGGAGGCCGACCAGGGCAAGGUGUCUGUGAACGGCUAUUUCUACGCCGUGGAUUUCGCAUCAAUAAGCUCUGGCAAACAAAAAUUAUGCAGGCUGCUGACACAGACAUUUCAGCUUUAGUUGAAAUUGAGAAAAAUAGCCGACAUCGCUUUGAGUUUUUCAUGGAUCUUGUCGGGGAUCAGCCUGUGUGUGCACGCACAGCCUGGGCAUACAUGAAAUCUGGUGGCCGCAUUUCACAUGCUUUGUCUGUGUAUAGCUGUCAACUUCGUCAGCCCAACCAGGUGAAGAAAAUAUUUGAGUUCCUUAAUGAUGGAUUCCAUGAAGUAAGCAGCUCUCUGGAUUUGUCCUUUGAUGACGAUUCUGUUGCGGAUGAAAAAAUUCCUUUCCUAGCAUACCUAGCUAGUUUCUUGAAAGAGAACAAGUCCAAUCCUUGUGAGCCUCCAGCUGGAUGCUUAAACUUCCGGAAUCUUGUUGCUGGAUUUAUGAAGAGCUACCACCACAUCCCAUUAACUCCUGAUAAUGUUGUCGUGUUCCCAUCCCGUGCUGUGGCGAUAGAAAAUGCACUUCGAUUAUUCUCACCGGGGCUUGCAAUUGUUGAUGAACAUCUAACCAGGCACUUGCCCAAGCAAUGGUUAACAUCUUUAGCAAUUGAGGGAAGCAACCAUGCUAAAGAUACGGUCACUGUAAUUGAAGCACCACGGCAAUCAGAUCUGCUGAUUGAGUUGAUAAGGAAACUGAAGCCUCAGGUUGUUGUUACUGGUAUGGCUCAGUUUGAAGCCAUCACAAGUGCUGCUUUUGUGAACUUACUAAGCGUGACGAAAGAUGUUGGCUCCCGGUUAUUACUAGAUAUUUCAGAACAUCUGGAGUUGUCUAGUCUGCCAAGCUCAAAUGGUGUAUUGAAAUAUCUUGCUGGAAAGACACUACCUUCACAUGCAUCUAUAUUGUGCGGUUUAGUAAAGAAUCAGGUUUAUUCUGAUCUUGAAGUUGCUUUUACCAUUUCUGAAGAUGCAGCUGUCUAUAAGGCAUUGUCACAAACUAUUGAGCUGUUGGAAGGGCACACUUCGGUGAUAAGCCAGCACUAUUAUGGUUGUCUUUUCCAUGAGCUCCUGGCAUUUCAAAUUGGUGACCGGCAUCCACCACAAGAGAGAGAACCUGCAGAAGUGAUACCUAAGGAGAUGAUAGGAUUUUCUAGUUCAGCUAUGUCUACCCUAGAAAGAGCUGAGUUUUUCGUUCCUGGUUCCAAGGAGUCUGGGGUCAUACAUAUGGAUUUGGAUCGCAGCUUCUUGCCAGUGCCUUCUGCAGUAAACGCCUCCAUUUUCGAAAGUUUUGUCAGGCAGAACAUCACUGAUUCCGAGACUGAUGUACGUCCAAGCAUUCAACAGCUGGUGAAAGAUAGCUAUGGUUUCUUGGCAGAUGGCUCCUCGGAGAUCAUAUACGGCAACACCUCCCUCGCGCUCUUCAACAAGCUCGUGCUCUGCUGCAUGCAAGAAGAGGGCACCCUCCUUUUCCCCUCGGGCACCAACGGCCAUUACGUCAACGCGGCAAAGUUUGUUAACGCAACCACCUUGACUAUUCCGACAAAUUCACAAUCUGGAUUCAAGAUCGAACCAAACGUUCUAGCUUACACACUGGAGAACGUAUCUCGGCCAUGGGUGUAUAUUUCUGGCCCCACAAUCAACCCUACUGGUUUUCUGUACAGCGACAAUGAUAUGAAAGAGCUGCUAUCUGUGUGCGCGAGAUUUGGAGCCAGGGUGGUGAUCGACACCUCGUCCUCAGGUCUCGAGUUCCAGGAUGAUGGCUGCAGCCAGUGGAAUCUGGAGAGAUGCGUCUCUACCUUGAAGCCGUCAAAGCCCUCGUUCUCAGUCAUCCUGCUCGGGGAGCUGUCCUUUGAGUUGACCACGGCGGGUCUCGACUUUGGGUUCCUGAUUUUGAGCGACCCAUCCUUGGUUGACGCAUUCUACAGUUUCCCAAGCUUGAGCCGUCCGCAUAGCACGCUGAAGUACACUUUCAGGAAACUCUUGGGUCUCAAGAACCAGAAGGAUGAGCAUUUCUCUGAUCUCAUCAAGGAGCAAAAGGAGACGCUCAAGAAUCGUGCCAACCAGCUGAUCAAGACACUCAAGAGCUGUGGCUGGGAUGCUCUUGGCUGCCAUGGUGGCAUUUCGAUGCUGGCGAAGCCGACCGCCUACAUGGGGAUAACACUCAAGGUGGGCGGCUUCGAGGGUAAGCUCGACGGCAGCAACAUCAGGGAAGCCAUCCUCAGGACCACGGGGCUGUGCAUAAGCAGCAGCACGUGGACCGGGGUGCAUGGUUACUGCCGGUUCAGUUUCGCCCUGGAGAGCGGCGAGUUCGACCGGGCCAUGGACUGCAUCACCCAGUUCAAGGAGGUCUGCCUGGGACCCAAACAGUAACUAGGGGCUAGGGUUGGUCAGGUGGGUGAAGAAACUACCAAACCUGAGAUAGAUGUAACCACUCCUCUUCAUUCUCGCCUGUUUGAAUUUGAGUUUGAGCUGAACUUUGUUUUGAAUAUAAUCUAAAAUGAAUAAAAUUACGGAAUUUCAGUCUGGUAUAA